AUCCGUCGCAAUUCACGAUAUCCUUUAAUUUUGAUAUCAUCAGAUGAUAACCCUUGGCAAGAAAUAAAAGCAGUUUGCAAUCUUGAUGACAAUAACAACAAAUAUCUGAUUAAUAGCCAAAUCAAUUGUACUAAUGAAAUAGUUCUUGUAAAUGAUAAUUCUGAAGAUAUAAUUGAACAAAAUUCUGAAGACAUAGCUGAACAACAACAUACACGAUUAUAUCAAGUUUUAAAUGAAGCACAAUGCAUACUCAAUGAAUCGAAGGCUUUUCACAAUCGUCAAAAGUUUCUUGACAAUCUGGAAGAAAAGUUGAUUCCGCUAGAAAGACUAGUUGCAGACAUAUUAAAGCAUGAAAAAAGGCAAACGUUGCCACGUACAUGGAGAGAUAGUAAUAAAAAUACACAAUAUUAUG